CGUGCGUGGCAGCGGCUGGGGUGAGGCCGGCGUCGCUGGCCAGGUUGGCUGGGGCUGUGUCUGUGGAGGCGCUGGGGUGAUGGCGGUGGAGACUCUGUCCCCGGACUGGGAGUUUGACCGCGUUGACGACGGCUCACAGAAAAUUCAUGCCGAAGUUCAGCUUAAGAAUUAUGGGAAAUUUCUUGAGGAAUAUACAUCUCAGUUGCGAAGAAUUGAAGAUGCGUUGGAUGAUUCAAUUGGAGAUGUUUGGGAUUUCAAUCUUGAUCCUAUAGCAUUAAAGCUUUUGCCUUAUGAACAGUCUUCUCUUUUGGAACUCAUAAAGACUGAAAACAAGGUCUUAAACAAAGUCAUCACCGUUUAUGCUGCACUUUGUUGUGAAAUCAAAAAGUUAAAAUAUGAGGCUGAAACUAAAUUUUACAAUGGUCUCUUGUUUUAUGGAGAAGGAACUACAGAGUCCAGCAUGGUGGAAGGUGAUUGCCAAAUUCAAAUGGGGAGAUUUAUUUCAUUUUUACAGGAACUCUCUUGUUUUGUUACGAGGUGCUAUGAAGUGGUGAUGAAUGUAGUCCAUCAGUUGGCUGCCCUGUAUAUCAGUAACAAGAUUGCACCCAAGAUUAUAGAGACAACCGGAGUUCAUUUUCAGACUAUGUAUGAGCACUUGGGAGAACUGCUAACAGUUUUGCUUACCCUGGAUGAAAUUAUUGAUAAUCAUGUCACACUGAAAGACCACUGGACUAUGUACAAAAGGUUACUGAAAUCUGUCCAUCACAACCCUUCAAAAUUUGGAAUUCAGGAAGAAAAACUAAAGCCAUUUGAAAAGUUCUUGCUAAAGUUAGAAGGGCAGUUACUUGAUGGAAUGAUAUUCCAGGCCUGUAUAGAACAACAGUUUGAUUCUCUAAAUGGAGGAGUAUCUGUGUCAAAAAAUAGCACUUUUGCUGAAGAAUUUGCACAUAGUAUUCGUUCAAUUUUUGCAAAUGUAGAAGCCAAACUUGGAGAACCUUCUGAAAUUGAUCAAAGAGACAAAUAUGUUGGAAUUUGUGGACUCUUUGUAUUGCACUUUCAAAUUUUUAGAACUGUUGAUAAGAAGUUUUAUAAGUCUUUAUUGGACAUUUGUAAGAAGGUACCUGCCAUUACUCUAACUGCUAAUAUUAUCUGGUUUCCUGAUAAUUUUUUGAUCCAUAAAAUACCAGCAGCUGCCAAACUUCUAGACAGAAAAAGUCUUCAAGCCAUUAAAAUACACAGGGAUACUUUCCUACAGCAGAAAGCUCAGUCACUUACCAAAGAUGUGCAAUCUUACUAUGUCUUUGUGAGCUCAUGGAUGAUGAAAAUGGAGUCUAUUUUAUCUAAAGAGCAGAGAAUGGAUAAAUUUGCUGAAGACCUUACCAACAGAUGCAGUGUUUUUAUACAGGGUUUCCUAUAUGCAUACAGCAUUGGUACCAUUAUUAAAACCACAAUGAAUCUCUACAUGUCCAUGCAAAAGCCAAUGACCAAGAACUCAGUGAAGGCAUUGUGCAGGCUCAUUGAACUGCUCAAGGCAAUAGAGCAUAUGUUCUACCGGAGAAGCAUGGUUGUGGCUGAUUCAGUUUCACAUAUAACACAGCACCUUCAACAUCAGGCUCUUAAUUCUAUUUCUGUAGCUAAGAAAAGAGUAAUUUCAGACAAAAAAUACAGUGAACAGCGUCUUGAUGUGCUCUCUGCUCUAGUGUUGGCUGAAAACACUCUAAAUGGACCAAGUACAAAGCAACGACGACUUAUUGUUUCUUUGGCACUAAGUGUUGGCACACAAAUGAAAACAUUUAAAGAUGAAGAACUCUUUCCUCUUCAAGUAGUCAUGAAAAAACUGGAUCUUAUCAGUGAACUUAGAGAACGAAUCCAAACACAGUGUGACUGCUGUUUUUUAUACUGGCAUCGAGCUGUCUUCCCAAUUUAUUUAGAUGAUGUAUAUGAAAAUGCUGUUGAUGCAGCCAGAUUACAUUACAUGUUCAGUGCUUUACGGGACUGUGUACCUGCUAUGAUGCAUGCAAGACAUUUAGAGUCGUAUGAGCUACUUCUGGAUUGCUAUGAUAAGGAAAUUAUGGAAAUUUUAAAUGAGCGUUUGCUGGACAAGUUGUGCAAAGAAAUAGAGAAGGAUCUGCGACUUUCUGUGCAUACUCAUUUAAAGCUGGAUGACCGAAACCCUUUCAAAGUUGGCAUGAAAGACCUGGCCCUCUUUUUCUCUCUGAAUCCAAUUCGGUUUUUCAAUCGCUUCAUUGACAUUCGAGCUUAUGUUACUCACUACUUAGAUAAGACUUUCUACAACCUCACAACAGUAGCUCUUCAUGACUGGGCCACUUACAGUGAAAUGAGAAACUUGGCUACUCAGCGUUAUGGACUGGUUAUGACAGAGGCACAUCUUCCUAGUCAAACUUUGGAACAGGGCCUUGAUGUUUUGGAAAUUAUGAGAAACAUUCACAUAUUUGUGUCUCGAUACCUCUAUAAUCUCAAUAAUCAGAUUUUUAUUGAACGAACAAGCAAUAAUAAGCAUUUGAAUACUAUUAAUAUUCGGCAUAUUGCUAAUUCAAUUCGAACACAUGGCACGGGAAUCAUGAAUACAACAGUUAAUUUCACCUACCAGUUUUUGAAAAAGAAAUUCUAUAUAUUUAGCCAAUUUAUGUAUGAUGAACAUAUCAAAUCCAGAUUGAUUAAAGAUAUUCGGUUUUUCAGGGAAAUCAAGGACCAAAAUGACCAUAAGUAUCCUUUUGAUAGAGCAGAAAAAUUCAAUCGAGGCAUCAGAAAACUUGGAAUCACACCAGAAGGACAGAGCUACCUUGAUCAGUUCAGGCAACUCAUCAGCCAAAUUGGCAAUGCUAUGGGCUAUGUACGAAUGAUAAGAUCUGGUGGUCUUCACUGCAGCAGCAAUGCCAUUAGAUUUGUUCCUGAUCUUGAAGAUAUUGUAAAUUUUGAAGAACUAGUAAAAGAAGAAGGUCUUGCAGAAGAAACUUUGAAAGCAGCAAGGCACUUGGAUUCAGUCCUCAGUGAUCAUACACGGAAUUCUGCUGAAGGCACAGAAUAUUUCAAAAUGCUUGUAGAUGUUUUUGCUCCAGAAUUUCGAAGGCCAAAGAAUAUACAUCUCCGAAAUUUCUAUAUCAUUGUUCCUCCUCUAACCCUCAACUUUGUAGAGCAUUCCAUUAGUUGCAAGGAGAAACUGAAUAAAAAAAAUAAGAUUGGAGCUGCCUUUACUGAUGAUGGUUUUGCCAUGGGUGUGGCUUACAUCUUAAAACUUUUGGAUCAGUACCAGGAGUUUGAUUCACUUCACUGGUUUCAGUCUGUUAGAGAGAAAUACAUAAAGGAGAUAAGAACAGUUGCUAAGCAACAGAAUGUGCAGUCAACUAGUCAAGAUGAAAAACUGCUACAAACCAUGAAUCUUACUCAGAAGCGACUGGAUGUCUAUCUACAGGAAUUUGAAUUGCUGUACUUCUCAUUGAGCAGUGCAAGAAUUUUCUUCAGAGCAGACAAGACUGCAGCUGAAGAGAACCAAGAAAAGAAAGAGAAGGAAGAAGAAACUAAAACAAGCAAUGGAGACCUGUCUGCUGAUCCUGUUGUGAAAUGAUACUGGUGGUAUGAAAUCAUCAGAACUGUGUGAAUACUUUGCCAAUGGAGUGGACGUUAGAAGCUGUUGAUGAGUUGUUUCCUGGGUCUCAUCUCUGGAAGAAAUUUACAUGUUGCAACUCUUUAAGGCAGUUUUCUAAAGUUAAACCUAUUCUGUUUCUAAAGGCUCUACUUUUCAAAAGAGGAGAGAGAAAGAUUUUAAAACUGGAAUUUUCCCUGGAUUUUAGGUAGAAGAUGUACCUAGGAACAGUUAUUUGACAUGAGGUUUUAGAAGGGCAAAUCCAGAUUCCUAAACUGUCACCUUGGUAAUCUAUAUGAGUGUUUGUAAUUUGUAUUUGCAUAGGCAUUUGAUCCAUAUUUAUCUUGUCAUUGGAAAUUCAGUGCAUAUAUACAUCCAGUAAAUACAUCUUAAAAAAAGGAUUUGAGCCUGAAAUUUGUGAGGCAUACAUGUUAAUAUGCUUGUGGAAAGAAUAUAUAAAAAUGUCCUUGAAACUAGAGGUGAGGCACAGUAUGUUAUGUACCCUUUGUGUACAGUGUAACUGAUGACCCUUCAUGCAUUAUUAAUUUCAUGUGACUCACAAGAGCUGCUAAUGUCUUUGAUGAGACAUUUUAUAACUAGUUUACAUUGCUUUGGGAACAUUUAACCUCCAACAACUGCUUUAAAUGUAAGAUUUACUUAAUAUUCAAAAAAAAAAAAAACUCACAUAAAGCCAUAGAGUCCUGCUUGAAGCUUCACUUUGGUUUGAAGGCACUCUGAUAUCAGAAGAAAUUAAAUUACUUCUGCACCCAAACUCAGGUUUCUUCUACGUUAAGUUAAAUUGAAAUCUUGGUGAUGGUUUGGGCAGACUUUUUCUUUGUAUCAAGUAUAAUUUAAGAUACAAGAGUAAAAUAACAAUUGCACUGUGGCAGGCUUUAAAAAUUUUACCACUGUGAGAAUAAAACUAAUAAAUCAGUAAUUUAAAAAGUUUUAGAAAGAUUUUGAGUAAAUUUAGUUCCCAGCAGCCUACUAGCUUUAUUUUUGUAAAGGUAUGUUAGUUAAUAGUUGAGUGGAUUAAUCAUGGCCUUUUAAAAAAUACAGUAAAGUGAUGCCUUUACAAUGAGAAGAAAAACUUAAAACUUUUAAUGUAGUACAAACAUUUUGGGAAAUGUUGGGUUUUUCUAUUGUGUUUGCCUGCUAACUAUUUCUUUGAAUAAAUUCUGCAAGUAAUUCUAACAUUGUUAGAAUUCUAACAUUAUUUCUUGAUUCCAGAUUUUGGGAUGCAUAUACAGUGCCCUGUAUGUACUCAUUGGUUAGGGUCAGGGUCAGAGUAACUUUCCCAGCCUAGGUAAAUACUUUCAUUGCUAAAAAUCAGAAGAAACAGAAUAUGUUGGAAAUGUUUCUUUGUUUAUUAUGUAAACAUGGCUUAUAGAAUUAUGGACAUUAGAUGCAUUAAAGGCAUUUAAUAUUUGUAAUUCAUACUAACUGUAGAAAUGGCCCUAAAGCAUGCUGCAUAAUUAAUAAUUUAUAUUUUCAUUAUUAUAAAUGUUUAUAUUGAUACUGGAUUUGAUUAUAUCAAAUUAGUCACUAUUUCAUAGCCACAGUAUUGUUUUCUCUGUUUUUCUUUUCUGACUUAAUAGGAAGGAAACUGUGAAUAAAGAGUCACAUGCUCUUUGUUCACUAUCCCCACACGUAAAAAUCAAUUCUUUCAUCAAUAUUAAAGUUCACAUGCUGACUCGCUGGGUACCUACAAUUGAGAAGAAAGUGACAGGUCAUUUUUUUACCUUGAGUUGAAAAUUAUGUCACUGCAGUCUGGAUAAAAUAAGUUCAUAUAUUUGUAAUACAACUUCUGAAAUAAGUAUUUAAAUGGUAUUAAAUUGCAGAGCAACAGGGCUUCAGUGUACUCAUAACUGAGUUAAUGUAUACAUUUGGGUGAUGAUUUUCCUUGCUAACAUUAAUGUUAAUAUUUUUCAGACAUACUAUAAUUUAAAAAUUAAUGUGAGCAUUUGUUGUAAGGUCACAGAAAACUUACCAGUGUUCAAAUUCUCAGGAAUUAAGGACUAACCAUAACAUUGUUCUAGUCUGAUUUUGUAAAAGAUGGCAAGUUUGUUACCUCACUUGAGUGGAGGUUCCCCUCCCCCCCAUUCUAAGAGAAUACAAUAUGUAUAAAAACAUUAAUAAAUAUAAUUUCAAAUUUUUC